UUCUGCGCAGCUUUUGUACAUUAGAAAUUAUUUCUGAGUAGAGAGAGAGAGAGAGAGAGAUGGCGUCCCAAGCAGCUGGCAAGUUGGAGACUGAUGUGCAUAUCAAGGCAACGGCAGAGCAGUUUCAUGAUGUUUUCUGCAGCAGAACUCACCACAUAGCCAACGUUUGCCCUGAAAAAGUCCAAGGCGUUGAGAUUCACGAAGGCGAAUGGGGUUCUCAGGGAUCUAUCAUCUUCUGGAACUAUGUCCAUGAUGGGAAGAAGUGUGUGGCGAAGGAGCUGGUGGAGCACAUAGACAAAGAGAAUAACAAGAUAACAUUCAAAGUGCUGGAAGGAGAUCUGAUGGAAGACUACAAGACGUUCAGGAUCACAAUCCAAGUGUUCCCUCAGGAGAAAGGCAGUGUGGUUCACUGGAUCAUGGACUACGAGAAGCUCAAAAAUCACUCUCCUGAUCCUCACUCUUUGCUUCAGCUGGCCAUUGAUGUCAGCAAAGACAUCGACGCUCACCUUGUUGUUCAGCCAGCAGCAGACGCCCAGCAAAGCACUACCACCACCAAAUAAACUAUAUCUAUAUAUAUAUAUAUGCAGUAAUUAAUUAAUAUAAUAUAUAAUAUAUAUGAUGAAUUAAAUAAAGAUUGAUGACGAUGAUCAUCAAUCUCUUGUGUAUUUAUGUAUGUUGUAGAUUGGGUCAGUUUGGAUGAUGGAUGUCUCUUGUAUCUUCAUGACCACUUUGUGAUCUCUGGUUUGGCUUAAGAUUUGAAGACCCUGUGUAUGUACGUACAGCGCACCAUUGUGUACGUAACUAUGCUUUGUUUUAUGAAAUCUUAAAUAUUGUGUGCUGGUCUUGGCUUA